AAAUCUAUGCCAGCCUUAACAGUUGGAAGAAUCGAGUGCAACCCUAGCAAUGUUUACAUAAUGUUCUGCGUUGGGUUCCAACAAAAACUGUGAAAACUCCAGGGAAAGAGGGCUCCCAAAGUCUACGCAGAGUAAGAUUUCCAUAAGUGAUUGCCUGUGAUGUUUGGCUUCCUGUGGUUCUUCAGCCAAGGGGGUGAAAGGGUUAAUCUGUAGUAAAAGCAGCCUUUCAGGGAUUCAAAGAAGUGGCGCAAGGGGCAGGUGGCAUCUGUUUUGUCAGAACAGAUAUGAAUAUGAGAGAGUGGCACUUCAGUACUCCUUACCCAAUUGUAUGGAUCUCUUGGGAAAAUAAGAGCGCAACCCUUUCCAUGUUUAUAUAAUGUGCUUUCGGUUUGAGCCAAGACUGUGAAAACUUCAGGGAAAGAGGGCUCCAGUAGUUGAAGCUCAGUACGAUUUCCAUAAAUCUGAUGAUGGCUUGUGUCAUUUGACUUCUUGUGGUUUUUCAGCCAAGGGGGUGAAAGGGUUAAUCUGUGGUAAAAGCAGCCUUUCAGGGAUUGAAAGAAAUCAAACAAGGGGCAGGUGGCAUCUGUUUUGUCAGAUCUGAAUACGAGAGAAUGGCAUCUUGGUGCUCCUUGCAUGAUCGUAUGCAUCCGUCAGAGAACCUGCUCAUUUUCCUGCUCUUCCUUGGACCUUUCAACUGCUUUGCAAGCUACAGCCAUGCCACCGAACUUUUCUACAGCAUCAAUGAAGGGCUGCCUGCCGGGUUCCUCAUCGGGAAUCUAGCCCAGGAUUUACAGCUACCGGGAGCAGCAGAGAAAGAGAGGGAGAGAGCUGUGGAGGGAGGCUGGCAACAGCCCGAACAAUCAGGGAAAAUCCCUCUCUCCUUCAAUCUUGCCUCCCAGGGAUUGGGAGGCCAGUAUGUCAACCUGAACAACCGGACAGGAGAAUUGUACACCUCUGCCCAAGAGAUUGAUCGGGAGACAUUAUGCACAGAGGAUAACGUUGGCUCCAGUUUGGUUGCCUCUUCCUCCUCCUCACCACUGCUCUCUUCUGAGUCCUGUUUGUUGUUGCUGGAUGUUCUGGUGUUGCCUCAGGAGUAUUUCCGCCUUGUCAAGGUGAAGAUUGCCAUCCAUGAUAUCAAUGACAAUGCACCAUGUUUUCCCAUGCCACAGAUACACCUCUUUGUGCCUGAGAAUUCACCAAUCAACACGCGUUUGGCGAUAGAGCACCCAGCUAUAGACCCAGACAUGGGCACUAAUGGUGUCCAGAUAUACCAACUGCAAGAUGACUAUGGGGUAUUCACAUUGGAUGUGGAGGAGAAUGAAAGUGGGGAAAGAACGCCUUACCUGAUUGUCAUGGGUGCCUUGGACAGGGAGGCUCGAGAUGAAUAUGUUACACUCAUAACAGCAGAGGAUGGAGGAGUUCCACCACUGGUGGGCACUGCCACCCUCACCAUUGGCAUCAGCGACAUCAAUGACAACUGUCCCCAAUUCAAUGAGACCCAGAUAAAUGUCACUGUUUUCGGGAACUCUAGUAUUGGGUUACCCAUAGCCUCUGUCCAUGCUGUAGAUGUGGAUGAGGGCAUCAAUGCAGAGAUCAGCUAUUCGUAUAGCCAGAAGGUGGCACAAUCAUCUCGCACUUUGUUCCAUCUUGAUGAAAGCACAGGCGUCAUCAAACUCUCCAAGAGGAUUAAUGGUGACACCCCUCGUCUCCAUCGGUUGAGCAUCUUGGCAAAUGGUCCUGGUUGUAUACCAGCUGUGAUCGCUGUGUCGGUAUCCAUCAUUAAAGUUAUGAUGAGACCUCCUGAAGUGAUCCCUCGUUUUAUAGCUAAUGAAGCAGAAGGAGUUGUUUACCUGAGGGAGUUAGAACCUGUUAACACACCAAUUGCAUUUUUUACCAUUAAGGACCCAGAUGAAAAAUACAAAGUGGAUUGCUAUUUGGAUGGUGAUGGCCCAUUCAGGUUGUCACCGUACAAACCAUAUCACAAUGAAUACUUACUGGAGACUACAAAACCAUUGGAUUAUGAAACUCAACAGCUCUAUGAAAUAUCAGUGAUUGCAUGGAACAUUGAAGGAUUCCAUGUAAACAAAAUAGUUAAAGUUCAGGUUUUGGAUGAUAAUGAUAAUUCACCUGUUUUCUCUCAAUCACUAAUAGAAUUGACAAUAGAGGAAAAUAAUACUCCCCAUGCUUUUUUGACCAAGCUGUAUGCAACAGAUGCUGACAGUGGAGAACGGGGUCAAGUGUCUUACUUCCUUGGACCUGAAGCACCGUCAUAUUUUUCUUUAGAUAAAGUCACAGGAGUUCUGACAGUUUCUACCCAACUGGAUAGAGAGGAAAGAGAAAAAUACCGUUAUACAGUUAAAGCGGUAGAUUCUGGAAUGCCACCCAGGGAAUCAAUAGCUACAGUUACAAUUUUAGUUCUGGAUAAGAACGACAACAGUCCGAGAUUCAUCAACAAGGAUUUUAGCUUUUUUGUACCAGAGAAUUUCCCAGGCUUUGGGGAAAUCGGAGUUUUAAGCGUCACUGAUGCAGAUAUAGGACAAAACGGAUGGGUUGCACUUUCAGUUGUAAAUGGGAGUGAUAUCUUUGUUAUAGACACUGGCAAAGGAGUUUUAAGAGCAAAGGUCUCUCUAGACAGGGAACAACAGAGCUCCUACACCAUAUGGGUUGAAGCGGCAGAUGGAGGUGAUCCUGCCUUGUCCUCGACUGCGAAAAUAACCAUCCUUUUGCUGGACAUAAAUGACAACCCACCACUUGUCUUGUUUCCUCAGUCUAAUAUGUCUUACCUCCUGGUCCUUCCUUCCACGCUGCCUGGCUCACCAAUCACAGAAGUCUAUGCAGUAGAUAAUGACACAGGCAUGAAUGCGGUCAUAGCAUACAGCAUCAUAGGAAGAAGAGGCCCUCGCCCAGACUCCUUUAAGAUUGACCCCAAGACAGGCAACAUCACUCUGGAAGAGUCACUUAUGCAGAACGACUAUGGCCUCUAUCGACUUCUUGUUAAAGUUAGCGAUCAUGGCUACCCAGAACCUCUCCAUUCCACAGUUAUGGUGAACCUCUUUGUCAAUGACACAGUCAGCAAUGAAAGUUACAUUGAAAGUCUUCUGAGGAAAGAGCCCGACAUUAAUAUAGAGGAAAAGGAACCACAAAUCUCUAUAGAACCCACACACAAAAGAGUGGAAGUGUCAUCUUGCAUGCCUACCUUAGUGGCCCUGUCAAUAAUAAGUUUGGGUUCAAUAACACUGGUAACUGGGAUGGGUAUUUAUAUCUGCCUAAGGAAAGGGAGAAAAUACCAUACAGACGAUGAACAUUUGGAAGUACAGAUCCCAUUAAAUGCAAGAAUUGAUCUGCACAUGCUAGAGAAGAAACCAGUGGAAAUUUCCAACAUCUGAAUGGUUUCACACAGACAGUCUCAACCAAAACUUAAACAUUCUUGAGAGUGACUAACUCCCAAGUGGGAGAUUGCCAGCAGGACCUACAGUGAAGGACUACUGAUUUAUAACUUAUUAUAAUUGUAAAUAGCUGUUUACAGGUUUUUAUGAAAAAAGAAAAAAGGGAAAAAAUCAAAUUCAAUGUACAGCCUUUUAAAAAGUUGAAACCUUAGUGCUAACAGCUAGUAAUCUGUCUGUGCAGACGUGGCCCUCAAAAGACCCAUCUAUAGAACAAGUCAGUAUUCAUAAAGUGAAAAGGUAAGACAAUGACACAUUCAUUGUUACAUUCUUCAAUGCUCAAAGUCAUUUUUGACCACAAGAGGGCAUCAUCAACUAUUCCUAUGAAUGAAAGUGUUUAAGAGAAAAUGAAAAGUAUAUUUUGAAAUGUUUGAAGGUUUUUAUAUAAAGGGGAAAGAGAGAAAAGGUAUGGGUUUGAGAUAUAACAAAUAUAUCUUCUAUUGUAUAUAUGUGAAGAUGACAAGAAAAUAUGCACUGGUAAAUAAAAACAAUGUUUUAUUACCUCAGAUGUUAAUAUAUAUAUAUAAAUAGGAAAGGCAUUAACAAGAAGUGCAAUUUCUUGAGGGUGCACACCAUCCCAUGUGAGAUUGUGAACAGAAAAGAGAUGUUCACUUUUCACUCAAUAUGGUCAAACACUGUCAAUUAUUUCAGCAGUUCCCUACUCAAUUUGAAAUAAUAGGACUCAGUGGAACAAACCAAGACAUGCCAUUUGGGAUCUGAAGCAGUCCAUGUCUCAAAAAAAUAAGGGAUUGACGUGUUAUUGUCAUCCCUAUAUAAUAGUAGCUCCUGAAACCUCAUCAAAUGCAUCUCUGAAAGGUUUCCCAAGCCUUGCAGGCAUCUUCUCAGGAGGCUUGAGGAGCAGCCACUAGAAUCCCAGACAUACUGUUUUUGAAAACAUAGCAGCCUGAUUUUGUCAUACUGAUUCCAAUAGGGCUUUCUUCUGUAGAUCAGGGCACCUGAUAUUUUGAUCUUCAGUUUCUAUAACUGCUGUCUUAAGUGGGGCCCAUGGGAGCUGAAGUCUAAAAUGUUUGGAAGGCCAUAGUAUUGUUAUAAGUGAAGGCAUAUGGGACUGUUAUCUAAAUGCAACAAAUCACAGAACUGAUGAAAGGCCAAUUAUUUCCACAAGAGCAGCAAAGCCUGAUAAAAUCCAUCUCCGAUCCAGCAAGGGAAAGCAUAUUUAGAAACAAGAGUUCCAUAUAUCAAUUUGAUCUUUUGGCUCUGAUCUACAGAUACAAAAAUAUGAAAGUCUAAGUCUUGUUCAUAAAUUGGCAGACUGAUAAUUCUUAGUCCCCUUUCUGCCCCAUGCAAGUUACAAGCACUGGCAGUACUUAAAAAUCCUCUAUCCUCUGUUGAGAAUGUUGGGAGAGCUUCUUACAUUUAAUC